UUUUGGGUGUUGUAACAAUUGUGGGCUGCAGAUCUCCUCUCGGUGGAUGCUAUGCAGAAGCUUGCAGAGAGCAGGUGGAGAAACUCACCGGUGACUCCUCGCCCAUGGUGUGAAAAUACCGAAAGUUUACAGGCUGCUUUCAAGGGAGAGCCUGAUGUCAACCAGCGAUCUAAGAGGGAGCGAGUGAAUCAAACCUUGCCAGGAGGGCUCAGCAGAGAAUCCCAGCUGGAUGUCUGCAACUUGGAAAACUCCAGGGAAAUGAAGGAGGAGAAUAUGGUCGGAGAUAUUUCCAACCUGGAGACGCAGCCUGAGUGUCGUAGGGUUUUUGGUUGUCCAAAUGCGGAGGAACACCAGAAGGUACCCAGGCUGUUGGAGGCGGCGGCCGUUGCUUCCCCCAAGGCAGAACCGCCUCUGGCAGACACUGUGAAGCUCCAGCUGUACCAGGAGGCCCUGCAGCAGGGCAAUGGAGAUGCCAGUUGGUGGGCAGGCAGUGGGCAAGUAAGAGAGAAUGAGGAGAAGAAUCCUCAAGUGGAGAGACCUGGCCAUGGGGGAUUCAAUGGGUCAUCUCUGGAAGGGAAUAUAUACCGACUCUCUGAGACUCAUCAGGAGAUUCAUCCUGGAGCGAUAGCAAAAGAAGCCGUUCUUUGUGCAGAAGGCACUGACGGUGCAAGAAGCAUCUGUGAGGCAUUUGAUCACCUGGACGAUGAGAAAAUCAACACGGGUGACAAGUCCUAUCAGUGCUCUUUUUGUGAGGAAAGCUUCAAGCAGCGCUCCUACCUCGUUAGACACGAGAGGACCCACACGGGAGAAAAGCCGUACAAGUGCUCAGUGUGCGGAAAGAGCUUCAGCCAGAGGUCCCACAUCAUUACGCACGAGAGGACCCACACAGGAGAGAAGCCUUACAGGUGCUCCGACUGCGGGAAGAGUUUCAACCGUCGAGCAAACCUCAUGGCGCACGAGCGGACCCACACGGGGGAGAAGCCGUACGCCUGCUCGGACUGCGGCAAAUGCUUCAGCCAGAGCUCGUGGCUGAUGGCACACAAGAUUAUCCACACUGGCGAGAAGCCGUACAAGUGUCCGGACUGCGGGAAGUGCUUCAAUCACAGGUCGAGCCUGAUUAAGCAUGAGCGCUCGCAUUCGGAAGAGAAGCCGUACGCUUGCUCGGACUGCGGGAAGUCGUUCAAUGAGAGCUCCAAGCUGAUCAAACACCAAAGAAUCCACACGGGGGAGAAGCCGUACAAGUGUCCCCAGUGUGGGAAAACCUUCUGCUUCCGGUCCAGCCUGAGCCAGCACGAGAGGACGCACACGGGAGAGAAGCCCUACAUGUGCUUCGAGUGCGGGAAAAGCUUCCGGCAGAAGUCGCACUUGAUCCGGCAUGAGCGGAUGCACACUGGGGAGAAACCCUACCAAUGCUCGGACUGCCGGAAAAGCUUUAGCCGCAGCUCGGCGCUCAUUGAACACAAGAGGAUCCACACGGGAGAGAAGCCGUACCGAUGCUCGCACUGCGGGAAGAGUUUCAACCAGCGGUCAUACAGCAUUAUCCACGAGCGAAGCCACUCAGGGGAAAAGCCGUACAAGUGCUUAGACUGUGGGAAGAGCUUCAACCAGCGAUCGCAUCUCACCAUACACGAGAGAAGCCACGCAGGCGAGAAACCUUGAAAUAGCCCCUUCGAUGGGUGUUUCGAACUUAAUAGAAUUCGCAAUGUUGACACAAGAGACACAAAAAAUAUACAUGCACAGUGCAGGAAAAAAUAUUUCAGAGAGCUUCCUGUAGGAGCUGGACAGACAUUUCUAGGCCUGCUUCUAGGCCUCUGCUCAGCCACAGUUUUUUAAACAAAAACCUCACGUUGUACCCAACAAGGACUCAAGAUCGGUAAUGUUAG